AUGACCAAGCCAACAAUCAUCCUCGUCCACGGCUUCUGGGGCGACUCCGCACACUGGGCCGAGGUUAUUGUCCUUCUCAACGCCAAGGGCUACAAGCAACAGGCCAUCGAAAUCCCAUUGACCUCCCUUGCAGACGAUGCUGAACGGGUGCAAAAGGCCGUAAAGCAAGUCCAAGACGACGUUAUUCUCGUUGGCCACUCAUACGGCGGGGCUGUCAUCACGGAAGCUGGUAACCUCCCCAAUGUCGUUGGCCUGGUAUACAUAGCCGCCUUUGCACCAGAUAAGGGUGAAAGCGCAGCAAGUAUUUCCGCUCAGUAUCCUGCUUUUGCGGCGACAGAGAAUCGUCUACAGCCCGAUAGCGACGGAUACUUGUGGAUCAAGACAGAUGGAUUCCACGAGACCUUCUGCCAGGAUGUGGCCAAGGACAAGGCAUUGGUUAUGGCUGUGACGCAAAAGGCUCCUGUGGCUAGUACCUUUGGCGAUACCAUUACCGAUCCGGCGUGGAAGGCGAAGCCAUCGUGGUAUCAAAUUUCCAAGGAUGACAGGUGUAUUAAUCCUGAGGCUCAGAAGUUCAUGUCGUCGAGAAUCAAGGCGAAGAAGGUGAUCGAGUUGAACACUGGGCAUGCGUCCCUGGCUUCGCAGCCUGAAGCUGUUACCAAUUUGAUCGACGAGGCUGCAGGUACGGCGCGAUGA